CCCGCUUCUUUAGAGGAAGUGGAACGCCCUCACACAUAUAUAUGUAUAUAAGCCCGGUACAAACCGUUUCGUUUUCACCGAACUGUCCCUAAAAGCUCCUGGACAUCAUCAUCAUGGCUCCAGCUCUCCUGAACCUGGUUCUUCUGCUGUCACUGUGUGUGGGUCCUGCUACCUGCACGUCUAUCGCCCUGGACACCUUGUCCACAUCUGGUUCCGACUGUGUUCUUCAGUGCACGGCUGUGUCCGAGCCUGGAGUCCAGUACAUGGCAGUGAGGUGGUACAAGGUCGGACAGCCUCCGGCGCCCAGACUCAGCGGCCUUUUGACCCGGGACCUCCCCAACGGCACGACGCUUUCGUACGAGGGGGUGGAGCGACAGGUGGAGCUGCUGGGCGAGUCGCACAACAUCCUCCUGUCCAACCUGACGUGUGCCGACAGCGGCGUGUACAACUGUCACCUGUCGGCUCCUAUCGGGCAACAGAACCGGGACGGGGAGAUCCGCCUCAUUCUGACAGAUUGUCCAGACAGUAACAGAGAAACCCUGGUGACGGACGCCUGCUUAGUCAUCGUCGCCACAGCAGUGCUGAUGUUGGCGCUUCUCAUAUACCUCAUAAGCUAUGUGUGUUUGAAGACCACCCUCAGAGACAGAAACAAGACAACACCAAAAAAAGAAACUUUAUUGGACGCGCCGCUCAAACCUCUUGAAAAAAAGGACUUAAUGUUGAUUUACACUUUGGGUCCGAAGUCGUCAAAAACACCCACGUUGAAGCACAUCUGUGUCUGAAGGCAGAGACGGUGAUGAAAAGGUCUACAGCAGGAUGAAGACUGGCUACCUGAAGACCGGGAGUUCUCCCAAGUCCACUAAAUAGCUUCUUAAACAUCCUUUACUUGUCCUCAGAUGUCCUUCAGCUGUAAUUUUGUGAAUCUUCAGCUUUAUAAUUCGUCCAGUGAGCAACAGAGGAGAUGAACAAUCUUUAAAAAAAAUUUAAAAAAAAACUGGAAAGAAAUUAAUACGCAGAAAACAAAAUUCAGGUUUAACUGGACAGCCCUUAAUCAUAAUCACAGACUUCCAUUAAUUGCUUCCCCUCACCUUCAGAUCUUCAGCUGAGGACCAGGACAGAGUCGUAGAGACUCUUCAGGAGCUACAACAGACACGGACACAGAGCGGGCCGGUCCGUCACGGACAGUCAAGCAGCGGAGACACAGAACCGCCUGGAGCUGGCGGCUGUGGCUCAGGAGGUGCAGACGGGUUAAACUACCUCUAUCAAAGUCAAGAACCGAUUUUCACACUCAAGAAUCAUCAAGUCUGCAAAAAAAGCAAAAUAAAGUUUGCUAACAUUAGCUCGAAUUAGCCACCAUGAGCUAGUCAGUCACACUGGAACAACCCGAACUGUAGCAACAAAACUCGAGUGCAUUAAAGUGGGCGGUGGGUCGUCUAACAGAUGAUACAUUCUACUUCUCUUUAAACUUACCUUGUCUCACUUUAAAGGAGCAGCUCACACAAAAAGGAAAAAUUCAGUCAUCAUCUUUUCACUCUAAAUGCUGAUUGGAAGUCAUGUGAGGUGUUGUUGUCCACAAAACAUUUCUGGAGCUUCACAGCAAAAGAAAACAUUAAAUUGCUCCAUACGGCUCGUCCGCUGUGAUCCGAGUCCCCAGAAGCUCGAUCAUACAUGGAGGGUUUGAGUAAAGUCUUUUCAAAUGGAUGUGGGAUCUCAGGGCUUCUGGAGACUUGGAUAUGUUUGUCUUUUCGGUUGUUUGAGGAGAAUGCUGCAGUGCUGUUAUCCUGUAAAGCUCCAGAAAUGUUUUGUGGACUACGACACUUCACCUGACUUCAUAUCAGUGUGGAUAUACUAGAGUAAAUUCUUAAUAUUUAGGUGAACUGUUCCUUUAAAGCUCGAUUUCCAUGUCAGUGGCUAUCGUGUUUACUGCACUAUGCAAUUUAUUAGAUUACUUUUUUAUGUUCUUGUUCAAGACCUCAAAGUGAGCAGGCUGUUGUGAGAUGAACGAUACUAAAUGUACAGAUACUGCAGUUGAUAAUUGUUUUUUGAUCAAGUUCUCAAUGUUUCCAUUUUUAAACAUGAAUGCAAUAUUGUGUUUUUUUUAAGCACUGUUUUAGAUGUUUUGAUGGAUAUUCUUUAGUGUCACGUGUAUGAAAAUUACAGUGAAACCUUAUUUGGCCCAGACUCCCUCUUACAAAUUCUAUAUUUAUAGAUUAGUGUUGAACAGAUGGAACAAACUGUCUUUAGAAUCUGAGACAUUAAACAGUAGCAGCAGCUAAAGUAAAAAAAAAUACAAUCUUUAAAAAAAAAAACCAACUUGCAGGUCCAUGUCAGAUUUUUUGAUUUUAUAUGUUUAGUAUUUAAACGGCAGGAAAUUGUCUGAAAAUCUGAUUUAAACCACAUUUUGUAGAACUGUGUCUCCAGAUUCACCUGAUCUGGUCACAUGUCGUGAUAAGUGUGACCUUAAUGUUUCUCCAUCAUGUGCGAAUGACGCAUUGUGACGCUUUUAGCUGCAGAGAGAAGUGAAGCUUUGUGCCCUUUUAAAACCAGAAGUGAAACACCUACUCUGUGCUAUUUACAUUUUGUCUGGACUUUUAUUUUGAAAAUGGGGAAAUCCCCACAGACAGACACUCAGGACCGUCUGGGCUUUUUUAUUUUUUAUUUUUAUCCAUGCCAGCACUCUUCAUAUGUUGUUGUUUUUAUUUUAUUUUAAGCCGUGAAAAUGUGAAUAAUGUGAAACGAAAGGAUGGACAGAGGAUGACGCUGUUGAAAAUAAGUCAAAGGAGGAUUAAGUACAGGAAAAGCUAGUGAUGUUGAACUUCUUACAAGUUGUGAUAGUUUCAAAUAUCAGUGAUCUGAUGCUUUCUGUGUGCAAGAAGUUGAAAACUGUCGCAAGCUGAGUUUUCCAGUUUGUUUGUUGUCCAGUUUCAUAUUUGAAAAUAAAAGUAGAAAAACUGCAAA